GUGGAGACGUGGGUCAAGGAAUUCUGGGCUCGCCCACCGAGAAGGUGACACUUCUUUUGCAGGAGGUGGUGGUGCUGUGGAAGCCAUUCGCAGAGCUUCUCAUCACCAACAUGGACUCGGUGCGCCGCGGCGACGGCUCCGUGGACACCGCGGUGCUGGGGUCGCUGUCCACGCGGAAUGGGCCGCUGCUCGACGCCUCCAACGCGGUGGUCUCCGCCUUG